AUGAAGUUCCUAAUCUGGAAUGUCAGGGGCUGCAAUGCCCCUGACAAGCGACAUUUGAUCAAAAGAGGUUUUGAUCAAGCCAAGCCGGAAGUUAUUUGUAUUCAAGAGACUAAGUUGGGUCGUGAAGUAGCUGCUUGUAUUUUCGGGGUAAGGCAGAGAUGGUCUGGACACUUUGUGGAUUCGGAUGGGGCAUCAGGUGGGCUAGGCAUUAUGUGGAAUCCAUUGGUUGUUCAAGUGGAUGUUGUCUCAAGUUCUAAGCAUUGGCAGGUGGUUAAGGUGAUUUCGAAGACUAUGAAUUUCUCUUGUUUUAUUUUUAAUGUCUAUGGGUCGACUUUGGCUGUAGAUAAGUGCAGAUUAUGGGAGAAUAACUCUAAGCAUCUAGAGGAAGUGAGGUCAUCUUUAGCAAUUGUUGCUGGAGAUUUCAAUGCCACCCUUUAUUCCUCUAAGAAGCGUGGAGGGGUGAGGAGGUUGAGUCGGUCGCAAUUAGACUUCCAAUCUUUUGUUAAUGGGAAUGCUCUAUUUGAAGUGGCAGCUAAAGGUGGGAAUUAUACAUGGACUAAUAGGCAUAGAGGCUUUUCUUAUAUUGCUGAGAAACUUGAUAGAUUCUUCCUUGCAGGGGAUUGGAAUUUAGCCCCUUUGGUUUUUGAGGCUGAGGUUUUAGCCAUUUCAGGAUCGGAUCAUUUUUCGGUCUCCUUGGUUGUGCAGAAAGAUGAAGUUCCAAUUCGAUGUCCCUUCAAGGUGGAAAAGAUGUGGAUUAGGGAACCGAGUUUUAAAGAGCAUGUAGUUGGGUGGUGGAAGGAGGCCCCAGCGAGAAGGCUUGAAGGAGAUUUGGGGGCUUUGAAUGCGAAAGUCAUGGCAGAAGGAAUGAAUGAAGUGGACUUCCUCACGGAGAAAGAUCUUCUUAUUAAAUAUGGAGGAGUUUUGCAGAUGGAGGAGAUUUAUUGGAAAUAG